AUGGCAUCUGAAAAGAGAGAAAAGGCCGCAGUUCCAGCAACAUCGGGGAAGAGGUACCUUGUGGAGGGUUCAGAUGUGAAAGAAGAAUACGAGACUCCGUUUCAUGAGUUGAUCAAGUCGGGCAACAUGGUGAAAUUAUACGUCGGCCCCGCCAAGCAGGUCUGGUUUCUGCACGAGGAUCUUCUCAGCCACGGCUCGGAGUACUUUAUGGAAGCAUUCAGAGGCGAUUUCAAGAAAGCUACCGAGAAGACCAUCAUAUUGGACAACGAGGAUCCCGCGAUCUUUGGUCUGUUCGUCACAUGGCUCUACACAGGAGAUCUACAUUCCGUCAAGUCAGAUAGCAGCCAGAAGAAAGAUGAUCGACCUAUCACCUGGUGUUAUCUGGAGGCCUUCGCUGACAAAUUCUGGUUGAAUGAUCUGUCAACAAUAGCUGUUGGUAACUGGUAUGAUUGCUAUGUACCAAAGUAUAUGAAGCGAUCGGCCGAGGAUAUCAAGUUCAUCUACGAGGAAUGCUCAGAGCACACUCGUUUGAGAGGUGUGGCAAGCCGCAAAGUAAUGAAUCGCCAUUACUUGAGUCGGAAGGUUGAUGAUUAUGCCUGGCUCGGUCAGCUCUUGGCCUGCAAUGCGUCCUUCGCAGGGAAUUUCGCAAUCAGACUGAAGAGUCACAAAUUGAUGUUCGAUAAUAUGUCAUUCUGCUGCUGCCUAAACGAUUGCUGGCUACACACCGCUGGAGCGAUCAACUAA